AUGCAACACCAAGCUUCCAGAUCCAUAAAACAUCCCGGUGAUAAAGGAGAGAAAAAUAUUUUGUUCAGUUUGGUUUUCCGGAAACUGCACUUCAAAUUUUGCUGUACUAUAGAGCUCAGAAGGACCCGCUGCGCCCUCAUUUGCCUGCCUGAUUCCACGGUGGUUGUGCUGAUGGCGACGCUUUUACGUUGCUCCCUUGGUGUUGGAACCGCUCUCUUUUGCAGCCCCGUUUCCCGAGUUCUGUUCAAGUUACAUGUGUGUAAACUCCGUGGCACGCUGGGUGCAGUGCCCACGUUGCUGCUGCGUAAGACUCUGUAUUUGGAUGCCAAUCCACAGGCCUGA